AUGGUUUCCGAACAACAAAACAUAUCGCCGCAAGAGGCACUUGGGCUUUAUAAAAACACACUCAACUUCAAUGUCAUCUCGCGAUAUGACCCGGCGGUGAAACAGCUCCUAUACACCACCUCUCAUUGUGUGCUUUAUAAGUACGACGACUCGAGCCAAGAAUGGAUCAAGACAGAUUUCCAGGGCGCCUUGACGCUCUAUCUAAGAGACUUUGUGAGCCCCACAACUCCGGGCCCAUUCAAUUAUUCCGACCUACAGAAGCUUUUCUGUUACGGAUUGCUUCUUCUCAACCGUCUGAACCCAGAGUUUUUCUCGCUCGGUUUGUUGCCCAACAAAAUCACAAAGCAUUAUUUUCCCCACGGGCUCAACGGCAAUGGGAUUCUGGAAAUGGGGGUUGAGAUUGCCGACAAUUUGAUCAUGGUCAAGAACCUCUUGGGCGAGAUUUACGGCUUGUGGAUUUUCAACGAAGAAGAUCGCCAGAAGUUGUUCAAGUUGAUGAGCUUCUGCUUGGAUAAUGAAAUGAAGCAGUGA